CCGUGUGAAAGAAUGAGGACGGAGUAGUAGAUGUUUGCUAUUAUAUUCCUCGCGAUCCCUCGAACCGCCGACGACUUCUUCUUUGCUCUCUGACGAUCUAAUCUGCCUUUUCGGCUUCUUAAUUCCUUCUUAAGAUAAGAAUUUUGCAGAGAGGGAUUUUUCAUCGCUCGCUGGUUUGAAGGAAGAAGGUGGUUUUGAGGGUUCUCGGAGGGUUUCUUUUGAUUAGUUUAUGAUGGCUACUACGGCGGCGGUGUGUGCGGAACGGGCUACGAGCGAUUCACUGAUCGGUCCGGACUGGGCGAUCAACAUCGAGUUGUGCGACAUUAUUAACAUGGAUCCUGGACAAGCCAAGGAUGCACUGAAAAUACUAAAGAAGCGCCUUGGAAGUAAGAAUCCAAAAAUUCAACUUUUGGCACUAUUUGUGCUAGAAACUCUGAGUAAAAAUUGUGGGGAUAACGUUCACCAACAAAUUGUUGAGCGAGAUAUUUUACAUGAAAUGGUCAAAAUAGUGAAGAAAAAAUCAGAUUUAAAUGUAAGAGAAAAGAUACUAGUCCUAAUUGAUGCAUGGCAAGAGGCUUUUGGAGGAGCAGUAGGAAAAUAUCCCCAAUAUCAUGCUGCAUACAGAGAACUUAGAGCUGCUGGAAUUGAGUUCCCACCCCAUACUGAGAACACUGUGCCAUUAUUUACCCCACCACAAAAUCAUCCUAUCUCAUAUCAGCCUGCUGCAUCAGGAUAUGAAAAUGCUACGUCAUCAUUUGAAAAUGCUGCAUCAGCAUUUGAGACUGCUGAUGUAGGAGCUUCACUUCAGUCUGAUUUUUCUGCUCUCAGCUUGGAGGAAAUUCAGAAUGCUCAAGGAGUAGCAGAUGUGUUAUCUGACAUACUCAAUGCAUUAGAUCCAAAGAACCAUGAGGAGUUAAAGCAAGAAGUUAUAGUCGACCUCAUUGAGCAAUGCCAUUCUUUUCAGAAGCGUGUAAUGGUUCUUGUGAAUACUACAGAAGAUGAAGAGAUUCUUUGUCGGGGUCUGGCACUGAAUGAUGAACUUCAGCGUGUGCUUCAAAGACAUAAUGAUAUGUUGAAGGGAUCUACUCUUAGUGCUGGAGUGCCAAUUGCUUCGAUUGCACCUAUUGUCAAUAUGAACCAUGAGGAUGAUGAGGUUGAGGAUGAUUUCUCUCAGCUAUCUCUCAGGACUUCUAGGGAGAGUGCAAUAGGGCAGAGCAAGAAUUCUUCUAGUGCUGGAAACGCAACUACCCUAAAACCUCCUCCCCAACCCUCAAAGCCAGUCAGGGAAGAGGCAAACUCAAUUGACUAUCUUAACGAUGAUGUUGCUCCUCCUAACCCACCAUUGCCACCUUCCCUAUCUCAUUCCAUGCUAGCUUCUGAUACAGCCAGAGUGUUAGAGCCACAUGGUCUAACCAGUCAUGCCGAGCCCAUUUCAGCAACGAAAUCCAGUGCAGAGACACUUCCAAAAUCUCAUCAGGAGAAUCAGACUACUGGCUUACUACCACCUCCCCCUUCAAAAUAUGGCCAAAGGCAGCAGUUCUUUGAGCAACAAAAGAAUGUUUUAUCAGGUGUGGGCACAGUUCGUGAUGGAUCUGUUUCUCAAAAUAACUACUCUUCUGAUCAGGGAAAUACCAGCCUUAGUCCACUUCAUCAACAACAUUUGGGAGGACUGGACUCGUCACCAUCAGCAAAACAAACCGAUCCUGAGGAUGCACUCUUCAAAGACUUGGUUGAUUUUGCCAAGUCUAAAUCUUCUUCAUCAUUAAAGCCACCCAAUAGCCGCAGAACUCGCUGAGCAGUGUGCUAGAGCAUGCUCUCCGUAGCUUGUCUUGCUAAUGGUUUGGUUGUCUGGCUAAGUUGAGCUGACUUGUGAAAUAAAAGGAGACGUCUGGGAGUUGGGCUGUUUUAAAGUUGUUUAUCCUGUGGUGUAUAUGAUAUUGUGAGAAGACCACUGCAUCCUGCUCCACUUAAGGUUAUUUGUAUGUAAAAAAGAAAUCACCCUUUAUACAUUGUUGACUCCAUGCCAUUUUGUACAAAAGCCACAUCUGAAUGCGCCCUUUGACGAAGUGUCAAUUCAUUUCCUAAAA